UUCUAUAUUUUCUAUUAUUUUGUUAUCCAUAAGAAAAUGAGUUAUAGUUUUGAGCAACAGAAGAUGGAAAAGAGAGAAGAGCUUGCAGGUCUUCUCGAUGCCCUUCCUCCGGUGGAAUUCUGCUGUGCUUAUGGGUCAGCUAUCCAUCCUAACAACCAAGAUAAGAAUGCCAUGGUAGAUUACAUUCUGGGUGUUUCAGAUCCAUUGCAGUGGCACUCUGAGAAUCUGGAAAUGAAUAGGGAACAUUAUGCAUCAUGGAUGGUUUACCUUGGUGAUGCAAAAUUGAUUACUCAAGUGGCCAAUGAAAUUGGUGUGGGUGUGCACUUCAACCCAUUUGUGACUUAUAAUGACAAGUUGAUCAAGUACGGUAUUGUCCGUAUGCAUGAUUUGGUUCAGGAUUUAUUAAACUGGGAAAGGUUCUACUUGAGUGGUCGUUUGCAAAAACCUGUGCAUAUACUGGUGGAUAAUCUCAACAUAGAAAAUCUAAAUUCAGUUAAUUUAAAGGCUGCCACUUCAGCUGCACUCCUCCUUUUGCCAUCCAAGUUUUCUGAGGAAGAUCUAUAUGCUAAAAUAUGUAGCCUCUCAUAUAUGGGUGACUUGCGGAUGCUAUUUGCAGAGGAUAGGAAUAAGGUGAAAAAGAUUGUCCAUGGGCAGUUUAAUUCAUUCCAGAGAAUGUAUAAGCCAUUUCUAGAUGAGUAUGCUGCUAAGGAGUUGCUGAUAUUCUCAUCAACUGGUGGUCACCAAGCAAAUUUAACUCAGGAUUGUGGUUUAUCUGCAGCUCGUGCCCUUGUUUCCUCCCUUCCUCCAACAGUCAGAAGCGAAAUGGGGAUGAGACUGGGGGAGAAGCGAAAACUGAGUGAAACUGGUCGAACUAUACGUGAAGUUGUGGUCAACUCAAGGGAAGAGGCUGCGGAGUGCAUGCGUAAAGUGGUGAGACGUACAGUUAUGGUUUCAAGCAUGAGGCAGGCCAUAUCUGGAUUUCUGGGUGUGGGUGGUGUCAAUGCCAUUAGAUAUAUCUCAAAGAAGAUGGGCAAAGCCUGGAGAUCUUGGACAUGAUCGUUUAUCUCUCUUUUGUCACUUUUGCAGUGGGGUGGGCUUCAGUUUUGCCACUCAACUUUGUUUCACACAAUGGAAGCAACUUUUUCUUUAAACAUGGUAAUAAUUGUCUUAGAAGCAGCUUUAGACAAAUUGUAUGUUAGGAUACUCUGUAAUUGGAGAUCGCUAGUUUAGGAUUCGUAGUUGUCAAGGUGUU